UGACAUCAUUAUGGUGAGACGAACAUUUGUAGUCCUACGCAUCUUUUCACACAAAACCUACAGUAAGUUUUGCUGCCUGCAGAAAGUCAGCACUUAACAUAAAAAUGUGUUUAAUCUGUGACACAUAUCACUCAGGAUUUAUCCUCUCAUAGACUUGCAUUCAUUUUGUUAGGGUUUGGAGCCCCUUUGUCUGGAAGUGAAAGGGGUCUCUACUGUGGGGUUUUGGAGAGAAAGGGGCAGUACCAGGAUGUGGUGCAUGUCCUGUCCUCUGAUCUCAAAAGUCCUGACAGAUUCUGAGCCUUAAACAAGAUUAAAGGAAAUCCUCUCCAGGCUUCAGCUGCUCACCGUUUCAGGAAUUCAUCCCGACUGAAGCGACGUUUUUUUUUGUGAAGGACCAAACUCUGAGACGAAGGUCGACAGGAUGCAGCCUACCUGGUUGCUAGGGGCAUGUCUCUGGGUGCUAUGUAUACCUGUGGCUCAUACAGCUACCUUUAAACUUGCUCUUGUUGGCCCAUGGUCAUGUGACCCGAUGUUCUCCAGAGCAAUGGCAACAGCUGCGGCUAACUUAGCACUGGCUCGGCUGCAUAGCGACGGCGAUGUGAGUCGAGGAUACUGGUACGAUGUGAAGCUGCUCAAUGAGGACUGCUCAGCCUCCAAAGCCCUCACUGAACUCGGGGAGAUGGAGGGUUAUGGCCAUGCAUACAUUGGGCCCUUUAGCCCCGCCCUCUGCCAUGCUGCAUCUUUGUUUGCCCAGCAUUGGGAGGCGGGUCUUGCUUCUCCAGGCUGUCUGGACGCUGACUGGCCAAAUCUGCCUCCCAUCACUCCUCCUACCAGAGUCCUCUUCACUGUGCUCAGAUUCUUUAGCUGGGCGCACGUUGCAGUCAUCUCAGCUCCGACCGACCUCUGGGAGAGUACAGGACAGGAAGUGGCCUCUGCACUACGAGCUAUGGGCCUGCCGAUUGGACCAGUUGUUUCUAUGAAAAGAAACAGCAAAGGCGGGGCCCGGCAGGCCCUGGAACAGAUCAGACAAGCUGACAAGGUCAAAGUUGUCAUCAUGUGCAUGAGCUCUGUUCUGGUUGGUGGAGAGCAUCAGAAAGAGCUUCUGUUAGCUGCUCUAGACAAGAGGAUGGUCUCCGAUGGUUACGUCUUUAUCCCAUAUGAUGCCCUGCUGUAUGCCAUGCCGUACCAGGAUGUAACAUUUCACCAGCUCACCAACAACACACAGCUACGUCACGCCUACAGUGCUGUCCUCACUGUUACCAUGGAUUCUGACCAGAGUUUCUAUGAGGCUUUUCGUCAGGCUCAGAUCAACAGAGAGAUCCGAUCGGCCAUUUCUGCCACAGAGGUGUGCUGUAUGGAGGUAAAGGUGGGCGUGGCCUUCAGGCCAGGUAUGUGGUGUUGGACAGUGAAGGUGACCACCUGGUGCCGACCCAUUCACUUGCACCAAUGCAUAGUGAUGGCACAGUUGGGGGACUGAGACCGUUGACUCGCUCAUUUUUCUUUCCUGGAGGAAAACCCCCCAAAGCCAGCUUCUGCUGGUUCAGUCCAGAGGAGGCCUGCAGUGGAGGAGUGGAUGGAGUCACCAUGUUCUUCAUCAUCCUACUGCUUUGUGGUCUGAUUGCUGCUUUCAUCUUUUGGAUCAGGAAGUGCAAAAUAUCUGCAAAUGUGACCAAACUCAUUCUGACUCUGGAUGACAUUGUGUUCAUCGACACUCAAGUCAGCAGAAAGAAACUGAAUGAUGAGUCGAUCAUGAGAAGUCUUCUGGAGAUCAAAACGCCACUACGGACCAUUGCUAGAAGCUACAUCUUAACAACACCAGAGAGCUCCAACAUUGGGAUCCUGGAGGGCGACUGGGUCUGGCUGAAAAAAAUUCCUUUUGGAAAGACAAUGACAGCUGUCAAUCAGAACACCCAAAAUCUGUUCAGCCAGCUACGUGAGAUGCGUCAUGAGAACCUGAACCUGUACCUGGGUCUGUUCGUGGAUUCGGGAAUCUUGGCUCUGGUGGUGGAACACUGUCCCAGAGGAAGUCUGGCAGACCUGCUGGCCGACAGCAACGUCAGGCUGGACUGGAUGUUCAAGUCCUCCCUGCUCAUGGACCUCAUCAAGGGGAUGAAAUAUCUUCACCUGCGAGGGUUGACUCAUGGUCGUCUGAAGUCUACAAACUGCUUGGUGGAUGGACGUUUUGUUCUGAAAAUCACAGAUUAUGGAAUUCCCAUGAUCCUUCAGUCCCAGAGCGUCAGCCUUCCUGAUGAUCCACAAGAUCUGCUGUGGACAGCUCCAGAGCUUCUAAGGAGUCCGGUACGAACGGGUUCAUUUUCUGGAGACGUCUUCAGUUUUUCAGUCAUCAUGCAGGAAGUGAUCUCACGAACACUGCCGUAUGCCAUGAUGGACAUGCCAGCUCAUGAAAUCGUGGAACGCCUGAAGAAGCCGCCUCCUCUCUGCAGGCCUGUGGUUUCAGUGGAUGAAGCUCCUGCGGAGUGUCUCAACCUGAUGAGUGAAUGUUGGAGUGAAGAUCCCAGCAAAAGGCCAAGCUUUCAUGACAUUUUCAAACAGUUUCGGGGCAUCAGCAGAGGCAGGAGGGCCAACAUCAUCGACUCCAUGCUGCGGAUGCUGGAGCAGUACAGCUCUAACCUGGAGGAUCUGAUCAGAGAGCGUACGGAUGAGCUGGAGGUGGAGAGGAACAAGACAGAAAAGCUAGUCGGACAGCUUCUGCCAAAGUCUGUGGCCCAGGCUCUGAAGAAAGGGAAGCCGGUCCAGCCUGAACAUUACUCAGACUGCACUCUUUACUUCAGUGACAUUGUGGGAUUCACAACCAUUUCAGCUCUUAGUGAGCCCAUUGAGGUGGUUGACCUGCUCAAUGACCUCUACACCAUGUUUGAUGCCAUCAUUGCCACUCAUGAUGUGUACAAGGUGGAGACUAUAGGAGAUGCAUACAUGGUGGCUUCAGGUGUUCCCAACAGAAACGGAAAUCGACACGCAGCAGAAGUGUCUAACAUGUCUUUGGACAUCCUGCAUUCAAUCGGAGCCUUUAAGAUCAAACACAUGCCGGAGAUCAAAGUGAAGAUACGCAUCGGCCUACACUCAGGUCCGGUGGUUGCAGGUGUGGUCGGGCUCACCAUGCCCAGGUAUUGUCUGUUUGGAGACACCGUGACCACCGCCUCUCUCAUGGAGUCUAGUGGGCUGCCCUACAGGAUCCACAUCAGUCUGAGUACCGUCAAGGUUCUGACCAGCCUCAAGGUGGGAUACCACAUAGACACCAGGAAGGCUCGGGUGAAAGGCACUGAGGACACUUACUGGCUGAUGGGUCGAGAAGGUUUCAAUAAACCACUUCCUAUUCCCCCUGAUGUCACUGGAGGAGCGGCGAACCAUGGGAUCAGUCUGGACGAAAUUCCUGUUGAGAGACGACAAAAGUUUUUAGAUCGACAAAAGACGAUGAAGAAAUGAUACCACACACACAUGUUUGUAUUUCUAUCUUAGUGAGGACCAUGCAUUGACUUCCAUUAAUUUUUGUGGCUGUAUUAUGCUUUACCCUAACCAUAACCAUAACCAUUGCUGAUCUACUGCUAACCCCAAUCUUAACUAAAACUUAAUUCACUCCAUAGCUCUAAAACCAACUGAUAAGCUUCUAAAAAGUCAUGAUCAGAAAAAUGUCCUCACUAAGAAAAAUGUCCUCACUUAAAAAAAUGUCCUCACUAAGAAACAUGUCCUCACUUUGUGGGAAAAAUAGUGGAAAGGGUCCUCAAUAUGUAGUAAGUACAAGAAAACACUCACACGAAGUUUAUGUACAUGGAUGAAAUCAUACUUGUAGUUGUAGUAUAAUGUGUUUGUACUAGUUUUUUGUGAUUUUAUGCUCUACAUAGGAUAUGUCAUGUUAGUGCCACCUACUGGUGGCACUGAGUGCUGCACUAUGAGGUGUGGAAAUUAAAAUGUGAAUAAGAUCAACAAACAUGAUGGACUGCAGAUACCCCUAAAUGCUUGGUCCAAACAGCUUUUGUGUUUAUUUAAGGAUUAUUAGUCUGAUUUAUCUGUAAGUUUGAUGUUUAUUAAUUAUCUGUAAAAAUGUUGAUUUUGAGCAGCUAAAUAAAUGAUUCUUUUUGAUUUCUA